AUGGCUAUUUACGUUUAUGCACCCAUAGUAUUGCAGGUUCCUCAAACCUCACACUAUUGGUAUCAGAAAGCACUCCUAACGAGCGAGCUUGAGGAGAUAUUCCGGAAUGCACCUACCGCCCCGAAUGCAAUGGCAAAUGCGAGAAUACGAGAGGCAUACGAACGAGCUGCGGGAAAGAAGGCUUCUAGCUCAGAGGCUCUACAAAAUCGACGUGUGCCGAGCGAAGAAGAUGAUUGUCCGGUGUGUUAUGAAAAUAUGCACGGAGCGAAGGAGACCUCGCUUGUGUGGUGUGAAGCAUGUGGGAAUGCCUUGCAUAAAGAGUGCUUUCAGCAGUGGGCAAAGAAGAAGAUUGGUACGCCGGAUUGUGUAUACUGUCGUGCUCCAUGGGCUGGAGCAGGUUCGAGAAAUGCAGGAAGUAGUAGGUGGGGGGACGGGUAUGUUAACCUGGCUAGUGUUGCUGGCCUGAGUCCAGUUCGGGACACGAGUACCUAUUAUCAUGGACCGCGCAGAGGUCAGCGAUUUUAUGGCUAUCAAGAUUAUGACGACUAG